AUGCCAUCUUCACCACCAUCACAUCCUUCUACUACUCAUUAUAUGAAUGAACCUCAACCACCUCCACCAAUGACACCACUUGAACCACCUGAUAUUCCAGCUAUACUACGUUCCAAGCGAUCACUCAAAGCUCAAAUCUUAACAUUGGAUUUACCUCGACCCUUUCAAAUAGCUGUAACGUGUUUCAGUAUAGGAAUAAGUGCACUUCAGUCAAAUGGUGUUUUGUGUUGGGGUACUUAUGGCCCUGUAGUUGCUAAAUCAUUAGAAUUGGAUGGUACACAAGCUCAGACGAUUGUUGUUGGCGGUAUACUAGGUGUAUAUCUUUGUGCUGCUCCUCUAGGUGCUUUGACAGACAAAUACGGUCCGAGAAUUGGAUCUCUUGUAUCAGUCUUCUUUGGUCUGAUAGGCUAUCAAUCAUUCUCUGCGAUUUUACGAAACGCUACAGCAGAGACGCCAUACGUCCAUCUAUAUCUUACAGUAGCUUAUUUUUUGGUAGGAGCAGCUACUAUUGGAUCAUAUUUCGCCUGUUUGACAUGUGCAUCCCUCUCAUUCCCCUCACAUCCAACUCUCGCAUUAUCAUUACCUUUAUCUCUGGUCGGUUUAUCAGCGUUGGUCUUAUCUUCUUUCUCCUCUUUACCUAUAUUUCAAGCAAAGGGCACGACAGAUCUUGAUCCUGCGAGAUUCCUAUUCUUCUUAGGGAUAUUAUCGCCUUGUAUCAACAUAUUCGGAUCAUUAUUUAUGAAAGUCAUUCCUCAGCCUGAAUUAUUCGGAGAAAUAAGGCUACCAGAAGGACAACAAGAUGAAGAUGAUAUUGACAGUUCAGAACUGGGUGGAGACGGGGACAUGGGAGAAAUGAGCGAGAGUAUAGGUCAAUUGUUGAGAUUAGAUGAAAGAACUCCUAUGUUGAUAGGAGGUAUAGAAGCUGCAUGGGAAGAAAUAGAAGCUAUGGAACAAGGAAAAGAUAUUUGGACAGCUAAAGACUUAGUUAAAGAUUAUCAAGGUUUCUGGAUAUUCGGUUUAUUACUUGCUUUAAUCAUAGGUCCUGGAGAAAUGAUCAUAGCUUCGAUAGGAUCAAUAAUAACGACCCUCUUACCGCCCACAACAACAACAUAUUCAUCCUUAUUGAUGUUCAGAGUCGAUUCUGAUCCAUUAGCAAUAAGGAACAAACAUGUUUUCUUAUUGUCAUUAGCUUCUACAAUAUCAAGAUUAGUCACUGGUGUAUUAGCAGAUUAUUUAGCACCCCCCUUGAAAACAAUCAUCAAUCCAGCACAUAAAGCAGAUCCAACGGCCCCAAUACAUCUUUUCAUCCGGAAACGACCUGUAAGAUUAAGUAGAUCGGUUUUCGCGUCUUUGACCGCACUGGUACUGGGCUCGAUAUAUGCUUUCUCAGCUGGAUUCUUAGUGGAUACAGGUGCUCCAUUGAGUGUUCUAAGUGCAGGAUCAGGAGCUAUGUAUGGUGCCAUAUUUACACUUGUCCCCGCAAUCGUAUCACAUCACUAUGGCCCAACAAAUUUCGGUUUAGCAUGGGGUAUGAUAUCUUAUUUCGCUGCAUUAGGAGCUAUUGUAUACUCUUACUUGUAUGCGUUACUAUCCGUACCAGAAAAUGGCAAUUCUGCAGAACAAUGUUACGGUCCACAAUGUUUCAAGCUCACUUUCAUAAUAUGUGCUGUCAGUUGUGCGGUAGGAGCUGUCGGUGUAGUCAUUCUAGGUAGAAAGUGGAAAGUGUAA